AUGGAGAACAGCGACAGCGAGAACGCGCGCGCCGUCGCGGAUCGCGACGACGAGGGGGCGGCGGGCAACGACGGCGCCGCCGACGACGAGGUCGUUGGCGAGCGCGACGACGGGGCGUCGGGACGCGACGGCGCCGAGGAGGCCGCCGCGGAUCGCGCCAGCAACGAGCGGAGCCAGGGCGCCCGAGUCACGUUCCGCGACGACGAGGAUCCGAGUAGCGACGCCGAGCAGGCCGCCGGUUGCGACGACAGGGAUCGCAAGGAGGCCUGCGCGGCCUGCGACGGCAGGGACCGCAAGGAGGCCUGCGCGGCUUGCGACGACAGAAACCGCAAGGAGGCCUGCGACGACAGGGAUCGCAAGGAGGCCCGGAAGCCCGCCAAGAAGGGAGACUGCGUCUGGACGAUGUAUCUCCCGUCCACCUCCGGCAAGGAGACGCAUGCCGCUGCGAGCAAUAACUACGGCUGCGAGCACUACAAGCGCAAGUCCAAAUUCGUGACUCCAUGCUGCAACAAGGUGUACACCUGUCGGUUUUGUCACGACGAGCAGGAAACACACACAGUGAACAGGAAAGAAGUCACAGAAUUGAUAUGCGUGCUUUGCGACGCCCGUCAAUCUGUGCAAGCCACUUGCCAGAGUUGCCACUGUCAAUUUGGCAAGUACACAUGCCUCGAGUGCAAUCUUUUUGACGACGAGGAUAAAAAUCAAUACCACUGCGACGGAUGUGGAAUAUGUAGAGUCGGUGGCCGUGACAAGUUUUUCCACUGUGCCAAGUGCAAUAUGUGCUUGCCGAUUCAGUUGCAAAACGGACAUACGUGCAUAGAAAAUGUCUCACAUUCCAAUUGUCCCGUGUGCCUGGAAGACAUACACACGAGUCGCAUACCAUGUCACAUUCCCGAUUGUGGGCAUUUGCUUCACCGCAUGUGUUUUGAGGAAUUGUUGAACUCGGGACAUUACGCCUGCCCGUCCUGCCAGGUGUCGCUCUUAGAUAUGACGGAUUUGUGGAAAUACUUGGACGCGGAAGUGUCGCUGACACCGAUGCCGGAGGAAUAUAACGACUGCAAAACCGAUAUCUUAUGUAAAGACUGCCACGAGGAAUGUACGGUAAAGUUUCACAUCGUCGGGUUGAAGUGUUUAAACUGUGGUAGCUACAAUACCUGCAGGAUAAAAGGCUCCCCUUGUUCAGAUCCCGACGCCCUGAACGAAGCAGCUGGUGUUACAGAAGAGAAAGAGGGAUCGUAAAGCCAAAGUUCGGAAUAUUAUCCGAUAUUAUCCAUCGUGGAAGGAAUAUACCUUAGUAAUGAUGAUAGAAGAGUAUUUGUAUUUUUAAAUUUUGUCUUUAUUUCGUCUUUUUGUAGCAAAUUGCACUUUUGUUGCCUCCGUAAUACUUUUUGUUUAGCCGAAGUAGUACAGUAAAAGAUAAGAUAUCUGUUAAAUGACCACUGAUAUUGUCAGAACUAAAUAACCGUUUUCGGUUUUUUUAUAACACGCUAUAGCACAAUCUUUGAGGUUGAAUAGAUGAUUUCGUUAACGUAAGUACAUAUAACAAGAAUAUUUCUGCAAACUCUGUGUUUAGUAAAUUACACCUGAAAACGCAAUGAACGAUAAAGGGGUCAACAUGGAAAUGGUUUGCAGAACAUCUUUUUUGAGUAUAUUACGUUAUCGAUUUUGUUUUCGCCAUUUUUAUCUCGUUAGAUGAGAUAUUCCAGACUUGUCGCGCAAUAUUUCAGAAAUAUGUGAUAAAUUUAGAGUUGAUUCUUUAAAAAUAUAUAUAUAUAUAUUUGAUUUUGUUGCAACUUUUCAAUCUCAAUAAAUUCUGUGAUUAAAGCGUUGCAUUCCUUUCUUAGCUUAAAAGUACUUGUAAUUACUUUAACAUUCUUGGUCCAGAAAAUUUGAAUUUCAAAUUGCUCCAAAAAGAUUAUCGAUACAAAUUCCGCGUGGUAGAUCUUUGGACAUUCUGUAUAUAUUUUCUGCGUCUGGUUACAUUUAUCUUCAGGAUGGCAACUGCGUUAGUAACUGACUACUAAUUACGCCUAAGAAAAUAAUUAGAAAAUUGUGAAAUGGCACGUGUGUAUGUAUGUGUGUAUAUGUACGUGUGUUUAAGAGAAGAUGGAAAAAAUAAUACGUUUCGAAAUUUUUCAUGUUAUUAGGUAAUGUAGCACGGUGUCACCCUAUAUUGAGUAAAACUACAUAUUCUGCACAUAUAUAUAUAUAUGUGUAUGUAUAUGUGCGUUGCUGCAACACUAGUUCUGCAUAAAUAUCUACAAAAUCCUAUCAUUGGCAGUAGAAGACAAUCCGUAUAGCACUCUUGCCAUAUUAAAAUGUAUAAACCGAUGGCCUAACUGUUUGUACUUUAAAUGACAGUACAUUUCGCAUAAGUCAACCAUGUAAAAACAAGAGUUAGUUAAGCUUGACAAAUUUCUGUUCGUAAAUCGCUAGGAAACUUCCAGCCUUAUACAUUCUGUUUUAUUUAGGAAAAGAUCUCAUUUAGUCACAUAAUCUAGUCGCGGAAGAUUUGAGCGCGUAUUGCUGCUCCUAUUACGAUUUUUCUCGUAAGUGUGAAUGUUUUAUACAAAACACAGACGAAUCCACAUGGGUGGCACACAUUAAUGCAACAAUAAAAUGUAUCAAUGUUAUAGCGAAUAAUUAGGGAAAAGUACUUUUCGUUGAUUAAUAAGAAGCAUUCUUCUACUAGCUAAUUACAUUCACCUAUUAAUAUAUAAAUCUACAUAAUCUGUUUUAGUGUAAUUGUACACAUAUCUAGACGAAAUACUCGAAUAAUCACGGCAUUAAUAUAAUGAAUCUUACUGUCACGUUUGAUAAUUUCUAAUUGCUGAAUAGCUGUUGUCAAAUAUAGCUCACUUUAUGAUGAACUUCUAGAAACAUUCGACAAACGCGAUUAAGUUUUCUGUAAAGCUCGGAUUUGAUGUAGGAUUAUUUAAAAUGUUAUAGGUCAAGUGUCGCUUGAAAUGCAAUUUUACAAGAUUUCAUUUCUGAGGCAAAUCGAUACGUCGUUGACCUUUAUCAUUCCAUUUUUUCAAUCUAUUUGAGAGAAUAUUAAUUAUAUAUUUUAGCGACAUUUUUUAUGUUUUAGUGAUAUUUUUAACAAGCUCUAAAAUAUUGAGCAGCACUUAAAAAUCUGUAGGUUUCUCUUUUAUAUACAAUGUUAUAAAAAUGAAGCAUACUUGGAUGCACAAGUGUCGAAAAUUUUUUAGGCUGCUCGAUAUCAUAUUGUUAUAUUAUGUUAUAUUGUUAUAUAAUUCCAUACAUCGGCAAACAGUGCAAUUAAUAAUUGUCACAUUCGUUAAUAUUGUUCUUCAUAUAUACAUACAUAUAUGUUUUCAGGAAUAUUAAUGGGUGCUAUGACAAUUGCAUUUAAUUGUGUAAUGUUGCUAGUUCUACUGAAACAACUUGAUUAAUGUUAAAUGUUUACCUGUUUAGGACUUGUCGACAGAUUAAAAGCAUCACGCAUAGUGUCCUAUCUGCAUUAGAGAUACUUUGUGACACAGAACGAUAUACGUAGAUCCCAUUGUGAUUAUUAUCACGAUUUUAUUAUUCACUUGUAAAUUAAAUAUGAAUUACAAAGGUUCUUUGUACAUAAUGGUUGCAAUAAUGAUUUUGUUUUAUAUUACGUAUAAUAUAUACUACUAUAUCAAAUAAA